GCGUGUUGGCUACUCUCUCGUUCCCCGGGCAGGGCUCCCUUUUCCCUCCUUCUCUCGCUGUUGACACCACACUGGACUUUUUCGGGUCUCCUUGAACACUACCAGUUUGUAGGUUCUCCUAAGCCCCCGGGUGGUGUUUUCCACCCCUUUCCUCCCCUUGUGAUCGGAGUGGCGAGACCCACGUUUCGUUUCACUGUAAAGGCCAGAAUGCAUGUAGUCAACUUCCUAGGGACUCUGAAUUCUUUGAGGCUGCGAUGAGACACACACACACACACACUCCACACGCCAGCUCUCCCAGAGUCAAAAACACCUGAAGCCUUUCUGCCACUUCCACAGUCACCCCAGACCCUUCUCUGGCUAGGGGGAGAUGAACAGAUCCCCUGUAUAUUCGGGGGUGAGGAUUUCUGGCUGCUGGGCCCUCGGACCUGAAGGCAGCAACAGCAGCGCCGAAUCCCUGGACAGGCUGCUCCCCGCAGUGGGUUCCACGAGGUCGCCGCGGAAACGGACCACCAGCCAGUGCAAGUCUGAGCCGCCCCUGCUGCGGACAAGCAAGAGGACGAUCUACACAGCCGGCCGGCCCCCCUGGUACAACGAGCAUGGUGCGCAGUCGAAGGAGGCCUUUGUCAUCGGUCUCGGCGGAGGCAGCGCCUCGGGGAAGACCACCGUGGCCAGGAUGAUAAUCGAGGCCUUGGACGUGCCCUGGGUCGUUCUCCUUUCCAUGGACUCCUUCUACAAGGUCCUGACUAAGGAGCAGCAGCAACAGGCAUCCAGCAACGAUUUCAACUUCGACCACCCUGACGCCUUCGACUUCGACCUGAUCAUCUCCACCCUCAAGAAACUCAAGCAAGGCAAAAGCGUCAAGAUUCCCAUCUACGACUUCACUACCCACAGCCGCAAGAAAGAAUGGAAAACGCUCUACGGCGCCAAUGUGAUCAUAUUUGAAGGCAUCAUGGCGUUUGCAGACAAGGAACUCCUGAAGCUUCUAGAUAUGAAGAUAUUCGUCGACACAGACUCUGACAUCCGCCUGGUCCGGCGCCUCCGCAGGGACAUUGGCGAGCGCGGCAGGGACAUCGAGGGCGUCAUCAAGCAGUACAACAAGUUUGUCAAGCCGGCCUUCGACCAGUACAUCCAGCCUACCAUGCGGCUGGCGGACAUUGUCGUCCCUCGGGGCAGUGGGAACACCGUCGCCAUCGAUCUGAUCGUGCAGCAUGUCCACAGCCAGCUGGAAGAGAGGAAACUCCGCUGGGAUAUGGCAGCACUGGCCUCUGCCCACCAAUGCCACCCUCUCCCCAAGACUCUCAGUGUGCUGAAGAACACCCCGCAAGUGAAAGGCAUGCACACAAUCAUCCGGGACAAGGAGACAAGUCGGGAUGAGUUUAUCUUCUACUCCAAACGGCUGAUGCGUCUUCUGAUUGAGCAUGCCCUGUCCUUCCUGCCUUUCCAGACCUGCACAGUUCAGACCCCGCAAGGGCAGGACUAUGAAGGCCGAAAUUACAGUGGGAAGCAAAUUACUGGCGUGUCCAUUUUGAGGGCUGGGGAGACCAUGGAGCCAGCACUGCGGGCCGUCUGUAAGGAUGUCCGGAUUGGCACCAUCCUCAUCCAGACCAACCGGUACACGGGGGAGCCAGAGCUGCAUUAUCUGAGGCUUCCGAAGGACAUCAGUGAAGAUCACGUGAUCCUCAUGGACUGUACGGUCUCUACAGGAGCGGCAGCCAUGAUGGCUGUGAGGGUGUUGCUGGACCACGACGUCCCAGAGGACAAGAUAUUCCUCCUCUCCCUGCUCAUGGCCGAGAUGGGCGUCCACUCUGUCGCUUACGCCUUCCCGCAAGUGAAGAUCAUCACGACCGCCGUGGACAAGAAAGUGAACGACCUCUUCCGCAUCAUCCCUGGUAUUGGAAAUUUUGGAGACCGAUACUUUGGCACAGACGCACCUCCUGACUGGAGUGACGAAGAAGACCUCCUGGACUCGUAGCAAGCUCCUCUUUUGCAAAGGAACCACUCUGGAGGGAAAGAGGCUUCUGCACUGCACCUUAACCCCCCAAAACGCCCCCCAAACAUUUGCAAAGAGACUAUCGCACUGCACCAUAGUUUUUUCUUACUCAUCUUCCAUCAGAGGCCGUGGCUGAGAGCAUAUUUUUUUGGAAGUGGAGAGGAUGACGAGAGAUGCUUGCUGCCUUUUUUUACGUGCUCAGGAGCGUUUCUGAGCCUAGAGGCAAUGUAUUUUAAUUUAAAGAUUUACUACAACUUAUUUUAUUAAAAAAAGAGAGAAUGUUUCA